CAAGUUAUCCUAAUCCUCCUCAUAAAGGCGAGGCGAGGCGAUGAUAUAAGAAAGAACAUGGACCGCUCCCUCGGUGCCUGCCUUGCGGUAUAUAUGUUUGCAAUCUAACCUCAAAGCGUUGCACAUCAGCGGAUAUGGGUGAAGGUGAUCUGUGUGAAUCUUCGUCGUCCCAUGGCGAGUCUGGUGAUUCGAAGCUCUCCUGGUCUUCUUCGGAGCUUACGGACGAUGCAACUUCCUCGUCUCCUCGCUCGUCGUCGACCGCAUCGCAGCCAGAUUCGAAUGGAUCUCUUUUCGACUUGUCGUCGCUCAUGGCCCAACUCCCAAUCAAAAGAGGGCUCUCCAAGUACUAUCAGGGGAAGUCCCAGUCAUUUCGAUCCCUAUCAGAUGUUAGAUGCAUGGAGGAUCUUGCAAAGGAAGAGAACCCCAACAGGAAGAAGAUGAAGGUAUGCCACGGCAUCGGAGGACUCGGUGCAACACCGAGGCUCUAUAAGAAAACAACAUCAAGGAGGGCUUCCAGGGGUUCAUGUCCCUCUUUACCGGCGAGAAGGAACAGAAGUAGUCCUUUGCGGAGCAGGAAGCCGCUAGAUUUACCUCCGGCGAAAGUGCACCGGCCCAAUGAUGUCUUGUGUCAGUGGGAGGAAAGCAAGGAGCAGUUGGCUCUACUAUAACAAGACAACAUGGAAGUGUACUGACAUCAAAGGGGUACUACAAUCCUUUUCCAACUUCGAUAGAAUUUACAACAUUAAGUUAAAUGAGAGUGAUACCAAUAAGAUGCACUAAUAUCCCAACCAUUUUAAGUCCUACCAUACGAAUCUUUUUCUAGCCACUGAAACCGAGUUGCGUCUUAAUUUGAUUCACCUCAUCUAACUACUGCCUGCAUAGGUAGUGUUCAAAAAGCGAAAGGAUUGUCCUCUGCUCUUUGUUCCAUGAAAGAAAUUAUUUCCUCUUUUGAGUCGGUAGGACUGUAGUGGUAUUGCCAAGGAAAUGGAAGAGCAUGAAUGCCAACAUUUUUGCUAGGAUUUGUGCCGAAAACAUCUACAAUGUACUUGGUGCAACUCUAAUAAUCAAAACUGCAGUUUAGACA